AUGGAGUCCGAGGCACACGGUGGAGGAGCCACCAGGGCAGCCGAUGAAGAUCCAGGUGCCCUGGCCUUUGCAGCGGGCACAGCACGUGGCAGCCACAGCGUGCCGGGUGGUGCUGGUGGCCAGGAUGACCCUGGCGACCCAGCUCGCCCUGCUGACGCCGUCAGUCAUGGAGUUCAUGGAGGCGCUGGUGACCUGGCUAAUCCCAGAGGCCCCUGCACUGCAGGAGAGUCAGGUGGCGCAGCCGAUGCCAUUCCGCACAUCCUGGGGCCACCUCGUGCCCCAGGGCCUGGUGGAGAUGCUGCACCCGGAGCCAGAGUUCUGAGUUACCGAGCCCUCCAGUUCAGCCUCACUGUGCCUUUCUCAUCGCACGCGGAGGCAGACAUCGCCCGCCACUUCCUGACUCCACGUACUCAACUGCAAGGGCCGAUUCGGAAGGACCUCAAUGUUAAUGGCUGCAUGCUGGUUCUCCGAUUGACUGCUGAAGACCCUGGCCUCCUCCAGAUAGCCGCCGCCUUCUUUCAGGAGCAGCUUUCCCUGGUGAUGCGGUCCUUGCAGCACUUUGUGGCCCCCGUUUCUGCUAAGCCUAGGCACGGAAGAGGGGUUUAAACCUAGCCUAUGUGCCCUAGCCUCGUGUCCUUCCCCCCGGCAUUGCUUUCUGCAGUAGUUUGAUUGGGCUUCAUCUUCUGCCUGUGCUG